AGAAUCGAUUUUUUCACAGCCAAAGUGAGAGUUCAUGUGAAGGCUGCUGAGUCACCUGCGCCAAAUCUUCGCUCAUCCACUUGCACGUUUAUGCUCCCUCGAAAGCCACAUAACGCCGGUCGCCCGUCUCCACCCGGACCACCCCAGCGCAAGUUUGCCUCCUCCACUGCAAACCUGUUCCACCAUGGACCAGGAAUCAGCCGCCGAUCUGGAUCCUCUCACCAACCAGUUCGCCUCACUCAACGAUCUAGCCCCUGAACUCGCCUCCCUGCAGGACCUCGCGAACCGGGGCUCCUGGCGCUCCAUCCUCGACAAGGUGGCUCGUGCUCGCUCCCUCUCCAUUCUUACUAAGCCUCAUGACCACCUCACCUACCUUUCCUACAAUGUCCUUGCUUUAGCAAAACUACGACGUUUCCCCGAUGCCUUCACCGAGCUCGACUCACUCGAUGACCUCGAUAGUCUAGAAUACAGGUACGAGUCCUAUCCCCAAAUCUAUUCCAACCGUUCCGGUUCGAUGGUCCCUUUCGUCCUCCGAUGGCUUCACGCUUUGAUUCCCAUCAAGUUGGAGAAUCGUCAAGAAGGUAUGGAUCGACUAUACAUUCUUCUGGAUUUUGUGCGGGCGAAGAUAAAAGAGAGAGAAGAUAGUAACAAAGAAGCUUCAUUGAAGGUGUGGAGGAGAAGGGAAGUGUUUGUGAUAAAUUUCAUUGUGGGUCAACAUUUGAAUAGCAAGGAAUUUAGCGUGUGUUUGGAUUUGAUUAGGGAUUUGUUUACUGGCGGUUGCUUAGAUCCAGUGCUGCUGUCAAAAUUAGGGUACAUACAGAUGCAAAUUGGGGAUUUAGAGGGAGCUAAGGUCUCGUUCAGUAAAAUAGAGGCAAUGUUGAAUGAAGAAGAGAAGAGUAACGAAUCAUUGAACGAGGUUGAGUUGAAGAACCUUGUGAACAGAAACAAGGCUUUAAUGUAUUUGGUGGGGAAGGACUAUGUGUCUGCAGUGAGGCAGUAUGAAGAGUGCAUUGAGAGGGAUCAUACUGAUGUGGUGGCAAUCAAUAACAAAGCACUUUGCUUGAUGUAUUUAAGGGACUUGUCGGAUUCGGUCAAGGUAUUGGAGAAUGCUCUUGAGAGAUUGCCCACAGUGGCCUUGAAUGAGAAUGUAGUGGUGAACUUGUGUAGCAUGUAUGAAUUGGCUUAUGUUAAUCACUCAGAUAUUAAGAGGACGUUGAGUAAUUGGAUUGCUAGAGUUGCUCCUGACGAUUUUGAUACUUCAUGCACCAGGAUAUGAGAUAACCUGCAGGAGUUUCGAGAAGAUCCAGGAGAUAGUUCUCUUGCCUGCAUCAGUAAUUAAUAUAUCUUACAAUGAAGGUAGAAGACUUCAUCUGGUGAAGGGUAGGCCACACUUACUAAUAAAUCCUAAGCUUUAAUAUGGGAGAAGUUAAAGCUCCAUAUUGAACUUUGAUUAUUUUACGUGUUCAUAUUUGGGAAAGACAGUACUAGAUGUUUCUGCAAUCUGCAUUGACAUUAAUCCACCUUCUGCUUAGUUUUCUUCCA